CUAGACAAAAUUUUUUCUAUUGCUUUCCUUUGAAGAUCACUUUUGAAAGAUGAGAAACCAAAAUAUUUUUUUAAACAAGAGAACAAAUGGGAACUUUCUAAAUUCUUGGAUGUCACAGGAUUCAAAGGACCUUUACUAUCUUCUGGCGACAUAUUAUCCAUUUUUCACUAGAGUAAGUAAACAAUUUUUAAAGCAUUUGAACCACUGAAAAGACAUGUAAUAUUAGAGUACAAGGUUAUAAUCCUAAUACAGGCGGUUAUGAUUGAGAAAGGUUAUAUUAUCAAAACAGUCAGGAAGGUUCAGAAGUUUACAUUUUUGACGAUAAUAAAACAAAGACAAGUGUAUCUGACAGAGAUAGGGUUAUAUUUUUACCUUUUUUUAUUUAGAGAAAAACUGAAAUGCUUUAAAAUUAUGAUAGUUUCUAGGAUCCACUAUUUACCCUUAAUAUUAUUUAUUUUAUUUCCAACAACGUUUUUAGGAACUUAUAUAGCAGCUGUUUUACAAGGUCAUGUUGAACCUGAAUUCCCUUAUAUAAGCGAUGCUGCUACCUAUCCACCAGAAAGUUGUGUUUUUGGGCAGCUAAUAAACAUUGGUGCCAUAUUAUUAUGUAUUAUGGUAUAUAUAAGAUACUGUGAAGUUUGUCAAUAUUAUGAAAGUUACUCAAUUUCUCCCAAAGUCAUCAGAUUAAACAAAGCUGGGGUUUGGCUAGGAGUCUUUUCCUGCCUUGGACUGAGUAUAGUUGCCAACUUCCAAGAAACAAGUGUUAAAUAUGUCCAUUAUUUUGGUGCGACACUGUGUUUCGGAGUAGGAACCAUCUAUUUUUGGAUACAGGCAUUAUGCUCAUAUCAUAUGCAUCCGAUUGCUAACAGUAUUAUAAUGGCUCAUCUCCGCAUUACUUUAGCAAUGAUUUGCACAAUGUUCUUCUUUGUAGUUGCUGUAGCAGGUUUAAUGUCUCAUUUAAAAUAUAAAGGUCAUAAUCCUAGAAAGUGGUAUCCUAACGAUGGUGGGUGGGAAUUACAUGUGGCAAGUACUAUUUCAGAAUGGAUUGUAGCCGUUUGCUUUUGUAUAUACAUUCUUACAUUUUAUUCUGAAUUUAGCGAAAUAUCUUUUUCACAUCCUGAGAUCUUACUGAAAAACAGUGAAAAUGCUCUUUUGCAAGAAUCUGAGGAAGUAAUAAGCUGAUACAUGGAUAAUGACAAUAAUAUUGAGGUAUCUGAGAGUGAAAGUUCAAAUGAAAAUGAAGAAGAUAAUAUAGAAACUGAAGAACAAGAUUUAAAAAGAAAGAUAAUAACUCUUUCUAUGUCACUUUUAAUGGCUGCCGUUAUUCAGGCUAUAACUUCCUUAGGUCAUUUUUUUCAAAAUGUAUUUUAUUUAUUUAAGUGGGAAAACGAACCUCAAUGAAAACUUUUGACUAUUGACUUAAAUUAGUGUUAGAUCUUUGUAAAUAGGCAUGAACAUUUCAUUUAAAAACUUAAGAUUCAAAUUCAAAACAAAAUAUUCCAUCUACGCUCAUUCUAUUUUGAACUGAAGAUACAAUGUUCAACACCUGAAGAUUAAAAAUUUUUAUAAUAAAUUUCUGUGUGAGAGAGAAAAAAUAAGUGUAUAAACAACAAAUAUAUAUUUAAAUCUAUUUACUUCUUUUAAACUAAUAUAUCAUAAAAAUAUCUUUUAGUUCCUAGAAUAUUUGACUGCUAUUGAUAGUUUAUUUAUUGGUGAAUUAACUGUUAUUAUGUAGAAUCAUCGCAGUUACGGGAGACCAUUAUUUGGAUACACCAAUCAGCUCAGGUCAAAAAGAAUAUUGAGUGCAGGCAGUGAUACUGUAAAGCUUUUGUUCUGAGUAACUGGAAACAUUCUGUCGGCUACAUUUUGAAAGCAGUAAACUAGAGAAUUUUGAUUUUAAAAAAUUCAGUUUUCAUCAUCUCUGGAUUGUUUUUUCAACUUUUUUAUUUCUAUUUUUUUUUUUUUUUAAUUUAAUCCAGUAAGCCAUUUUAUUUAAUCAUGCUUAUUACCUAUAGUCCAUAAUUAGAUUAUAAUCAAUCACACUUGACUUUAAUUUAAUUAUGGACUACCUGUAAUAUAACAUGAUUAAAUAAAAUGGCUUACUAGCAGAUGUAGAUGUAAAAGUAAGUGGUAUAAAUGUGGUGAAGGAAAAACACAGCCGUAUUUUGUAAUAUUGAUUUCAUUGAAUGUGCCAAUUUUAAAAUUGAGGAAUGACUGACUAGCUCUUUAAAACUUAAACAAUAGAUAUCAAUCAACAGACAGUCCAGUUAGACCUGUUAGCCUUCUACAUAAUUUUAUCUGUCUUUGUAGAAGAUCAGUCAUAGUAAUAAUACUUUCUAUAUUAAAAUAACAUAAUCUAGUUCUAGUCUGUUUUUGUCUGCCAUAAUAGUUCCUAGAUAUGAUUUUAGAGAAAUGUUUGGAAUAAAAUAAAUCUGUAUUUUCACAAAAAAAAGAAUAAAAAUUAGUACUUAGAGAAGUUUACAACUUAUCAUUCAACACUCUUGUAUAUCAUUAUUACAUAAGAAUGUUGUAUUUUUAACUAAUGUUCGAUGUAUCUCAAGUGAAACUAUUAAAGCUGAACACCUAAAAUCUUAACUUAGGAAUAAAAAUAAAAAUACUCCAUUUUAACUGUACAAUUUGUCUAUUCUUCUUUUGCUCGAUAUACUAAAAAUAUUAGAGAUCUGUGGCUACAAAUUUAAACACACUUUAAUACCUUUUUCAAUUUUAAAUUUCUUAGUUGCUUUAUAGUACAAUGCUACAACUGCUGAUUGGUUAACAUUAAAAGUAUUUAUAGACUUUUAAAAUGUAUAGAGUCACUAAUAUCUAGUGACUAAUUUAUAGUCAUUAAAAUCUUAAUAAAAAAAGGGCAUUAUAUUUUUUCUAUGUUAUAAUAUUUAACUUAUAACACAAGCAUUUGUGUCUCAAUCUCAAAAUUCCUUGGAUGUAUAGUGUUAUCUAAACCUUUUUCACCUUAAUCAUUUCAUAGUUAACUUCCUAGUACCAUAUAAAAUAUUUCAUGCAUUUGCUUAAAGGUUUUUGCCGUGCUGUUGGAUCUCCCUUCAGGCAGUAAGUUAGUGACAUGAAGUAACUAACAAAAUGGCACAGAGGAAAACCAAUUGCUUCCACUAAAAAUUGUAUUUGAAAACAUAUUACAAAGUGAUAAGACUGUUGCGCACCCUGCAAAAAACAGAUGUUUUUCAAAAUAAAAAGUACAUUCUCAUAAUAUAAAAAGGAACCUCAUGUUAUUUCUCUGGAUCAUUCAAAUGUUUCUGUAGACAUGUUUCUAUUUCUAGGCUUUCUCUUUUACUUAGAACCCAAUGGUUUUCAAAGUAGUUUGUGUCGAAAGGAUAUCGAGCAUGAUGAGUUGGUAAAAAUUGUGAAAUCUGCUAGAUAUUUAUGUAGAUAUAGACAUACAAUCUGUUAUCUCUAGGAAAUGCAUAAUUCCCUUAAAACUUGGUAACCUUUUUUUUAUAUAU